AUGGAUGAACAGCAAAGGGAGGCUCAGGUGGUGGUUGUUGCGGAGACAGGCUCGGUGGUGUCAGGAAAUGAUGAGAUCAGGCUGAUGCAGCUCAGGUUGACAGUAGCUGAAGUUGAAAUAGGACGACAGCAGCUCGUUGUGGAAACGCAGCGCGUUUUGGCCAAGAGUCGCUGUGUGCCCAUGUGGUUUGAGGAGAUCGAGGCCACUUUGGAAGUGUACAAUGUUCCCCAAAGAGUGGAGAGCAGGGAGUCUGCUUUGCCUGUUGGUAGUGGUGGUAUUGCUGGUGCAGACCCUUGGCGUCAUCGGUUGCCCAUUGCUUUGACCGUGGAGUCCUUUUUUAACGAUCUUCGAGGGGGUAGAGAUAGCAGCGUCGUACCUAGGGGACUGUACGAAGAUACCGUCGACCGAUUCGAAGUGGAGUGGAUUCGUAUCGUGCUGACAAGAACCAUUGAAGAGGCAUACGAAGCUGAAGCAUUUGGUUCCGAGAGGAAACGUCUAAGGACUGCUAAGCACCCAGACUUGGAGCGUGCCCUUCUCACGUGGAUAAAGGACGUGAGAAGCAGAGACAUCCCACUCAGCGGUCCAAUCAUCAUGGCGAAGGCAACUGACUUUGCGCUUCGCUUAAACCACGCUGAUUUCGCCGCAUCUGAAGGUUGGUUUCAGCGCUUCCGAGAAAGGCAUAACCUGGUUUUCCGGACAAUCAGUGGCGAAGCUAAAGAAGUUAACAAGGAAACGUGCAGCACGUGGCAGAGAGGGCAGUUGCAAGACUAUCUGGCCAGGUAUUCCCCACAUGACGUCUUCAACGCGGACGAAACCGCUUUGCUUUUCAAACUUCUGCCGGAAAAGACGAUAACGUACAAGGGCGAUGACUGCGCAGGCGGCAAGAGGAGCAAGGAACGCGUGACUGUGCUGCUUGGAGCCAAUAUGAGUGGCACGGAAAAGCUUCCGCUGUUUGUCAUCGGGAAGUCGUCGAAGCCACGGUGUUUUAAGAACAUCCGCACCCUUCCUACAGAAUACACAUCCAAUUCGAAGGCGUGGAUGACCGGUGAAUUGUUCAAGUGGUGGCGCAAGAAGCUUGACAGAAAGUUCGAGCUGCAGAAACGGCGUGUGCUAUUGAUUGUGGACAAUUGUUCCGCUCACAAGGUGGAUGUUGAGCUCAAGUCAAUUGAGCUUGCCUUCCUGCCUGCCAACACGACAGCAGCCCUGCAGCCGAUGGACCAGGGUAUCAUCAAAAACGUCAAGUCCUUCUACAGGCGGCAUAUCCUGGAGCGCAUGAUAUUGUGCCCAGGAAGUUACACUGUUAACCUGCUCUCUGCCAUGCAUAUGCUAGCUCGAGCGUGGGAACAGGUUACUGCGGCAACGAUCUCGAACUGCUUCAGACAUUGCGGAUUUGUUGUUGCCGACACGGAGGCUUCUGACAGUGCUGCAGCGCCGGAGGUGACCUGCGAGAAUGUCAGCGACGUGAGGCGCUCCAUGAUGUGA